CCUAAAUCAGUUAUUAUACCAAUAUCUGAUAAAAAUUCGACAAAAAAAACAAUCCUAACAAUUUGUCAAUAUUAUCUUACAGGAUUUUUCCGCCACGCAAUUUUAUUCUGCGCAUGGAAAGCAAUUUUGCCCAAUCAUAAAUAGGGCUAUUGUGGGGGGAUAGUGUAUGUUGGCGCAUUUCAUACAUCCGAGUGUAAUGGUAACCAGAUAGAGGCGUCGCGAGGGUAUCAGCCCGGGUUAGCACGUAAAUAUCAGUAAUUUUUGGUGAUUUUAAUUUAUUUUUUCGGCCUUUGAAUUAUGUAAGCAACUGGAAGUGUCAAGUGGUGGGAGCAAGAGUGAUAGGAAGAGCAAGAGCAUGUGUGGCACGCGGUCGAGCGAGUGAUCCGUGACGUCAGUGGUCCAAUCGGUUGUCACCUGUCAAGCCAGCGAUCUCUCUUCCCUUAUUUCCCCACCCUUAUCCUCAACGCGUCCUCUUCCCUCCUCACAGCUUGGACCUCUUGUGACUCCCUCAUCCACCCUCUCUUGUUCUCUUCAUGCUUUCCCACCCCUCUUCAACAUUCUCAUCAUCACCCCUUCCAUUCUAGGCACCCUGGCGCCGGUCGGACCUCGAGCUUCCUCUCACCCUCAACCCGCUUUCCUACACUCCUGAACCGCAGACACAAAAACAAUAACAAAUCGAUUCCUGAGGGCAAUGGGAAGGGGUCAACCACGGUGGCUGGGACACUGAGCUCGCGAUAGAGCAGCAAGCGGGCAAAAGAGAUAAGGGAAAAUAGGAAAGAGACAAAGAGCCCCCAAGCUGGGAUAACGGAUUCUCUAAGGAAGGACUCCUAUCCCCAGUUUAAUUCUCUCUCCCUUGAUAUGUACACGGAGUUAUGUUGAAGCAUGCAAGUACGCGAGUCACGAUCCAACCGGUCCAAUGCACCAGACUCUUCGGGAAUCCUUUUUUUUGCUAUCUUCAGCGUGUUCUUUAUUAUUCUAACGUUCGUUCUAAUCUUGGAUCUCGUUGGAUUAAGGAACAGUGUCAUGAUCGAAUCCCUCGACACUAUCACUUUCGAUCGUCACGAUCAUUCCACCGGUAGCGAGAUCGAAGACUCUUUGAAUAAGAUGAAGCUGUGAUCUAUCAUUAUUUUAGGAUGGAAUAUGGGAUCUGGAAUCUCCAUGCCGCCAGCAGACUCUGGGGCGAUCCGCGGCUCUUACAACAUCCGAUUUUACCACCUGGAGUGGAACAGAUUCUUCCUCGUGCAGCUCUUGCAUUGAAUUCACUCGCGCAACAGUCCACUACAUUAGGAGUUAACGUAUUAGGUGGAGAAAACUCGUGUCAAGCUAUGGAGCUAACUACCAAGUCAUCGAAUGAAAUUGAACCAAAGAGUGAAAAUGAUGAUCAAAACGACUCUAGAGAUUCGAAUAUACCAGAAGAAAAAAUAAAAUUAGAAGACAACGAAAAUGACAUCGAAAAAGAUGAUGAGAAUGAUCACCAGAGUCAUGUAGAAGGGAUUGAUAAUGAAGAUCCCGGUGAUGAAAGUGAUAUUGGAAGCACCAAUAGUUCUCAUCCAUCAGGAAAUAACAAUUUAUCUAAUGCUGUGGAUCUCAUGUCUUGUUUUGGUUUUGAUAAGGAAGAAACUGUAUCUCCCGUCCUCAAUGGCUGGGUUCUAGGUGCUUAUGCUAGAGCAAUGUUGGAGAGACUUUCUGCAGCUACUGCAGCUCUAGAAGCCAUGGAAGUACCUUCCUUACCAUCUGAUUUAAGUGAUUACGAAAGUGAUCAAUCUUCAUAUACUGAAAAAUCUAGGGGUAAUAGUCCAGUUGCUGGUGCUUAUAGAGGAUAUCCAUGUGGUUCUUGUGAUGUUGUUGCUGCUACAAGACCAGCAUUAAAAAAACACAUAAUCGACUGUCAUCCAGCCUCAUCUUCAGGAUCCGAAGGAAGUUCUAGUGCUCGAAGAUGUCCCUCCACUGGUUGUGAUUUUACUAGCAACUCCAGAUGUGAAAUGGAAACUCAUGUUGCUGCUCAUGUUGCUCAAGGAAUGACGCCGACGGGUAAGAAGAGAUCGCUGGCUCUUCAGCGCGUCAGGUAUAGAUAUGAAAGAGAGGAAUACCGAUGCUCACUUUGUUCAUACGCUUGCACGAUAGAAAAAGCAUUUCAAAGACACCUAAGAGCUCAUGCUAGAGGUACAGCUCCAGAAACUAGAGUAAGCUGUGCAGUUUGUGGAGCUGAUAGAUCAUCUGAAGUGGAUCUAAGUAGACAUAUGAGAAGGCAUCGUGAUGACAGAUAUUUUUGCUGUGACAUUUGUGUUUUUCGCACGGUUCAGCUCAAAAAACUCAUUCAGCACCGUCGAAUGCACACUGGUGAGAAGCCUCAUUUAUGUCCUCAUUGUGCAUACAGAAGUGCUCGUCGUGACAAUCUACGUAGUCAUGUCCGUAGAGUCCAUAAAAAAGAGAAUCUUUAUUGUGACACGUUCAGUCCACGUGGUAUGCUGAUGGGGCCAAGUCUCCCAGUUAAGAGUGAAGAUUCAGCAACUACACACGUCCAAUCUCCGGCCUCUUCGCCAUCGUCUAAUUCAGACCUGGCGAACUAACGAAAAGAUUGCUCGAUCGCGAGUUUUUAGCUCGUACGAGCAAUCAGUUUACGUCCUAAAUACGUCAAUAAGGGAUUUAGAUUUUAGAAAAUCAAUUAAUCUAUAAUGGGAGAGACAGAUGGAAGUCGUUGCCUCAGAAAUAUUGUUAUUAUUAAUUAUAAUUAUUUGAUCAUUUAUUGACCAUAUAUAAUUGCUAUUAUGGUAAAGUAAGCUCAUCACCGUUCCAAAGUUUUUGAAAAUCCAUGGGGCAUAAUUACCUCUCCCUUUACUAGGUAAUUUAAAUUGAUAAGAAUUUUUAAAUUAAUCGAAAGUCAAUCAGUAAAUACUGCAUGUUCUUAUCAUCUUAUACUUGUCAUCUAUUUUUAAAUUUUAAAUGCAAACUUGCAUCAAAUAUUAUAUUAAUUCAUUUAAUCGCACGAUGUAUUUCUAUUGCUAAAGGAAAUAUGCCGUAUGGUGCUAGCAAUUUUAGACUGGUGUUUGAAGAAAGACUGAAAGAGUCCAUAAAUAUACUUUAUGGCUAACGUGAUAGGAAUGAUGAUAUGGUCAUAUUUAGUCAUUUAAGACUGCUGAUAUAUGUGCUAGAAUCCUCAUCUUAUUGAGAGAUUAAUGAUUUUAAAAUAAUCACUUUCAGCACAAUUACUUGAAAAAUAUUUAAUUUUAAU